AUGAGUACUGUCAAUUCCAUCAUUUCAUCUGCAACGCUGGACGUUGAUAAAAUCAGGGCAAUUAAAGAUCUCGUAUCAAAUGAUCAUCAAUUAAUUAGAACCAUACCUGAUGAUUUUAAUACCAAUGAACGAUCUAAAUCAUUUCUGAUGCUAUUGAUUCUUCUUAAAAUUGAACUAUUACUUAUUUCCGACGAAUUUGAUCCAUCAAUUAUUGCCACAUAUUUGAAACAAGUACAAUCAUUAUUACCUAAGAAUUCUACCAAUACUACUUCUAAUCUGGACUUAACUUAUCUUAAGCUCAAGUAUGAUGAUUUAUAUACAGAUUUCCAGCUCUUAUACCCACCAAAGUAUAUGGAUUUGGUCAAUAAGAAGCUAAUUUUAUUAAAUAAUAUGCACAACAAUCAACAAAACAUCCUUGAAUGGACUCCAGAACUCCUACAACUAGUGGUCGAUAUAUACCACAAGACUACAGAAUGUCUCUUACUUACCGGGAAUGAAUUUCUCAAGAAUAACAUUCUUCAACAUUUACAAAAAAUCUUGAAUGAAAAUGAUCCAAUUUCACAUGAAUUCAAUAAAUCAAUCAGUCCAACUACUUCAUUUUUCUUCGACCGGAACAUCCGUAAACAAUGUGUACUGUGGCAACAAUUCGAAGAGUUUCUUCGUCAUGCCCAUACUCCCUGGAUACGGAAAUUGGCCUUGAAACAACCUCUUCCUCAUACACUUCUUUGUAACCAAUUGGAGAACAAUAUUUCCUUGUUAUCGAAAUAUUAUUUAAACAUAUCACUUUCAAAGAUAAAAUCUCUAUUUGAAGUGCCUGAUUCCAUUGAUAUUGAAGAUUUGGUUGCAACAAUGGUGAUUAAAGAUAAAUUACCGCCACAUUCCCAAAUUGACCAAAUAAAAUCAGUACUUUAUUUCGGUGGAGAUACCGAAGUAUACAAUCCUGAGAAUCAGCAUGUGAAGGAUAUUUGUUUAUUGGUUGAUGAAAUCGUCACUUUAAUUGGGGAGUAG